GUGCGGAACGAGUGAACGCGAAAUUUCCAAGUUCUGUCGUCGAUAUGGGAGCAAUUGAAAAGGCAGAGAGGAAGGAGACCUCGUCGCUCCUCCUCCUAUCCAUCUGCGUCCUUGGGAUCUAUGGAUCAUUCCUUACCUGGGGCGUUCUCCAAGAACGGAUCUCCACGACUCCAUACCCACCAGACUCCGCAAUCUUCCGCUCCUCCCUCAUCCUCAACACCGCUCAAUCCGCCUGCGCAGCUUUCUUCGCCUACCUCUACCUCCUCCUCCGACCACCACCCACCUCCACCUGGCGCGUCUUCGCAAGCAAGAAGUUGACAUGGAACUACGCCCUCGUCGCGCUCUGUUCCUCUCUCGCGAGUCCAUUCGGUUACGCGAGUUUGAAGCAUAUCGACUACCCCACCCUCAUCCUCGGUAAAUCCUGUAAGUUGUUGCCCGUUAUGGCGCUGCAUCUCACCCUCUACCGCCGCCGCUUCCCACUUCACAAAUACCUCGUCGUGGCACUCGUCACCUCCGGUGUCCUCGCCUUCACCCACUUCUCCCCUACGCGCUCCGCCGGCAAGGGUGCGUCAUCGUCCUCUACAUAUGGUCUCGGUCUAUUGGCCGUCAACUUACUCUUGGACGGCCUCACCAAUUCUACUCAAGACCAUAUCUUCCGCGAAAACAGGGGCUUAACAGGCGCGCAAAUGAUGUGCGGCAUGAACACCUUCUCAACCCUCCUGACCCUCACCUACCUCACCCUCACGCACCUCACACACCCAUACCUCCCUCUCCUCACCUCCCACUUCCCCAUCCUCACUCCCUACCUCUCCUCAUCUCCCGGAUCCCCUUCCCCACUGGAAAUCGGCGUGGACUUCAUCCGUAGCCACCCAACAAUCAUCAAAGACCUCGCCCUCUUCUCCCUCUGUGGCGCAAUCGGCCAACUCUUCAUCUUCUACACCCUCUCCACCUUCGGCUCCCUCGUCCUCGUCACCGUCACCCUAACCCGCAAGAUGCUCACCAUGUUGCUCUCCGUAGUCUACUUCGGACAUUCGUUGAGUACGGGACAAUGGGGUGGUGUCGCGCUCGUGUUUGGGGGUGUCGGACUCGAGGCUUUCGUCAAGAAAAUCGAAGGGCGCAAGUCACUAUCGAACACUCCCGGUGCGAAGGUUGAGAAGCCGAAAACUGUGUUUGACGAUGCAACCCCCAAUGGCAGCGGAGUCAGCACCCCGACUAACACUACAAGCUCCGGAAGUACGAGCAGCGGUGACGAGAAUGAGGGACAAGUCAAGAAGAGGUCCUUGCGGAGUCGUGCUUCGUUGGCACCGCCGGAGACGCCGGGUCGGACGUUGAGGAGUGGCAGGACUGUGCCUAUUGUUGAAGGAAGUCAGAGUCCGCGGAAGAGGAGUUUGAGGAGUGCGAGUCCGCUGAAUUAGGAGAAUGGACGCGUUUGAAGGACAAGGGAUCGGGGUUGCCGUAGCUUAGUUUGGUGAGGACAAAAUGAUCUUGGUGUCAAAAUUGCAAUGUUGACUUUGAAGAAUGAUACCAGAAC